AUGAAAAAGAUGAAGGAAAAUCAUCCGAUUCAGAUUCGGAAGACGAUUAUUUCAUAAUAGCUGGUCAAGAACGUUAUAGAGCUAUUACAAGCGCAUAUUAUCGUGGAGCUGUUGGUGCUUUACUUGUUUAUGAUAUUGCCAAACAUGUAACAUAUGAAAAUGUCAACCGUUGGUUGAAAGAAUUAAGGGAUCAUGCUGAUAGUAAUAUUGUAAUUAUGCUUGUCGGAAACAAGAGUGAUUUGAGACAUUUGCGAGCAGUUCCUACUGAAGAAGCUAAGCAAUUUGCUG